CACGUGUGUAUGCAUGUAUGUAUGUAUGUAUCACUGGAUGGGCUACUUGCGCUGUGCGAGGAACGUCUCGCCCAGUUCCUCGAGCAGCUGUCUCACCUCGGCCGCGUCAUCGGUCUUUUCGUCACCCCAACCAAGGGCAGCAGCCUUCAUGUCUGGGGGUGAAGGCCCUUUGAAGCCCUUCGGAGAGCCAUUGACGGGGGGCUUGCCAUUGUCGGGCUUGUCGGGGUCGUCGGGCUUGUCGGGCUUGUCGGGGUCGUCGGGCUCCUUGCCGUCGUCGACAGGGGGCUUGCCGUCGACAGGUGGCCCUUUGCCGCCAGGGGGAGAUCCUACAGGUGGCCCUUUGCCGCCAGGGGGAGAUCCUACAGGUGGCGGCUUGUCGUCGGGCUUAUCGGGCGUGCCGUUGUCGGGCUCAUCGGGCAUACCGGGCUCACCAGGCACCUCCCCAGGAGGAAGGCCGGUGGUGCUGGUCACUUCGACUGAGGGACAGACAGAAAACAGCCAAUGCACAGAUUCAGGCAGAUGCGCAGACGUUGAAUGGGGGCAACUGGCUGGCUGCCCUGCCCUCUGUCAGCCGCCUCCCUGCCUUCCCCCCUCCCCUGUCUCUCAUGUACGUGAUGCGAGACUCGCUGCUCACCUUCAAUGGUGAUCUCCUUCCCGAUUUCAGCCCCGUUGAAGGGGAUGACCACGAAAGUGUACACGCCAAUCUUCUUGAUCGCCCGUCGAGCAGCGCCGAAAAAGAUGUCCUCAGCAGACCCCACGGCCCUGUUGCCGAAGGCCGAGAAGAUACUGUGGAAGUCAAAGUAGUCCUGAUACACAUGAUGGACGGAUGCAAAGAGACGGGUGAGUGUGCGUGUGCAUGUGUUGGUAGGUCAGGUGCUGUCUGUGUCGCAUCACUCACGGGGUCACGGAAGGUGUCGUAGACAAUCAACCGGUCUGCAGGCAGGCAGGUAGGGAAGGAGAGACACGCCGCCAGUGGAUGCGUUGUGGUGUGAUGAACUCGCUACACUUACGGUCGGGGUCGAAGACGAGGAAGGCAACCCCCUCCACACACACCUGCAGGCAGGCAGGCAGGAUCACACACAUCGUCGUGUAUCACGGCAAGAAUGCCUUUGUGCCCCCCCGCAUGAGGUGACUUGCCAGCGGGCAGGCAGCAACAGUAAAGAGGACACCGGUCUUCUCGUCAAUCUUGACCUUGUCGCCGUCCUUGAGGCCCUUGUGCUCGCUGAUAUAUCGAUCCAUCGGCCGACGGAAGGACGGCACACCCACAAUCAAACAGCCGUCUGUCUGUCUGCCUGUCUGCCUAUGCCACCCACCCAUCCAUACCUGAAGUCAACACAGAUUUUGUCGAAGGUAGGUUUGCUGGCGGUGAUGCCAUCCGUGAGGCGCCGACGCGACCCGCCAAGGGGGAAGCCCUUUCCAGGCUUGUCAUCGUCGCCGUCGUCAGUCUUAUCACCGGGGGGCUUGCCGUCGUCGCCAUUAGGGGGCUUGUCGCCGUUGUCGUCGCCAUUAGGGGGCUUGUCGCCGUUGUCGUCGCCAUUAGGGGGCUUGUCGCCGUUGUCGUCGCCAUUAGGGGGCUUGUCGCCGUUGUCGUCGCCAUUAGGGGGCUUGCCGUCGUCGCCAUUAGGGGGCUUGCCAUUGUCGGGGGGCUUGCCAUUGUCGGGAGGUCCGUUGGGGGAGGUACCAGGGGGAGGAGGCCCUUUUGCGCCAGGGGGAGACCCAUUUGGCGGCAUCGGCUCAGGCAUACCCAGCAGCUUCACAAUCUGCAGCACGUCAAGCUUGGGCGUCACACCUGAGAAACGACACACACACGCACCGUGAGGGAAGCAGUAUCACCAUGUUGAGACACGUCUCUCUCAGCGCUGGCUGACCCUUGCACAAGGGGUCGCGGUCAUCUGUGGGGUUCACUGGUGGGGGAUCUUUCUCGCCGCCCGUGCCAGUGGUGUCUUGCGCCCAGGUCAGGCUGGCGAAGCCCAGCAAGAGGGCGGCGAGGGGUCGGAGGGGGUGCAUCGUGGCACGCCACA